CUAACCGUCAGAUCUAGGGCAGGGCAACGAGGUUAAAAUCUCAAUCUCAAUCUCUGCAGCAGCCCAGAGCAAAGAAGAGAAAAUGGUGCAGCGUCUUACAUACCGCAAGCGCCAUAGCUAUGCUACCAAGUCUAACCAGCACCGCGUCGUCAAAACCCCUGGUGGGAAGCUUGUGUAUCAGACUACCAAGAAAAGAGCUAGCGGACCCAAAUGUCCGGUUACCGGCAAAAGGAUUCAGGGGAUUCCUCACUUGAGGCCAGCUGAAUACAAGAGGUCUAGACUAGCUAGGAACAGGAGGACUGUGAAUCGUGCAUACGGUGGCGUUUUAUCUGGCAGUGCUGUGAGGGAGAGGAUCAUCCGGGCCUUUUUGGUGGAAGAGCAGAAGAUUGUGAAGAAGGUAUUGAAGAUUCAGAAGGCGAAGGAAAAGCUGGCAUCAAAGAGCUAAAGUAAUUGUGUUGAAAUUUUGACUUUUUUUGUGACGUGAUGUUGAAUUUUAGCAAUUACUAUUUAAAGUUUGUUUUUGGAAGAACGAGAUUUUAGCUCCGGAGUUCCCUUCAAUGAUAUCAUGACAUUUUUUUCCCUAGUUUUUAUAAUGGCAUUUCUUCAACAAAUUUCUUCAA